AUGGGUGUGUACCGCAUCCGCGUGUCCACCGGGUCCUCGCUUCACGCAGGCUCCCUUAACGAGGUGAAGCUGUGGCUGGUGGGCGAGCAUGGGGAGGCAGCUGUCAAGACACGUCUGAGACCGGCAAUUCCAGGCAAGGAAGACGAAAUCAAGGUGGACGUGGCCGAGUACUUGGGGCCGCUGCUGCUCGUGAAACUGCGUAAACGGCGCCUCCUUAAGGAUGACGCCUGGUUUUGCAACUGGAUCUCAGUGCAGGGCCCAGGGAACAGCGACGCUGAGUUGAGGUUCCCUUGUUACCGCUGGGUGGAGGGAGAUGGCAUCCUGAAGCUGCCCGAGGGCAUCGGUCGCACUGUAGUUGACGAUCCUCAAGGUCUGUUCAGGAAAUACAGGGAGGAAGAGCUGGAAGAGAGACGGAAACUGUACAGGUGGGGUAACUGGAAAGAUGGACUUAUCCUCAAUGUGGCUGGCACCAAACUCAGUGACCUCCCUGUUGAUGAGCGGUUCCUGGAGGACAAAAGAAUUGACUUUGAGACUUCACUGGCUAAAGGACUGGCAGACCUCGCUAUCAAAGAUUCUCUAAAUAUUCUGACUUGUUGGAAUGAUCUAGAUGACUUCAACAGGAUUUUCUGGUGUGGCCAAAGCAAGCUUGCUGAACGAGUGCGGGAUUCCUGGAAGGAGGAUGCUUUAUUUGGGUACCAGUUUCUCAAUGGUGCGAACCCCAUGCUUCUCAGACGCUCUGAUCGUCUUCCACAACGUCUGAUGUUCCCCCCAGGGAUGGAGGAGCUGCAGGCCCAGCUGGAGAAGGAACUUCUGGGAGGCACCUUGUUUGAAGCUGACUACUCCUUGCUGGAUGGGAUCAAGGCCAAUGUCAUCCUGUGUAGCCAACAGCACCUGGCAGCCCCUCUGGUCAUGCUGAAGCUUCAGCCUGAUGGGAAACUCUUGCCCAUGGUCAUCCAGCUCCAGCUGCCACGCAUAGGAGGUGCCCCUCCACCCCUUUUUCUGCCCACAGAUCCUGAGAUGGUUUGGCUCUUGGCCAAGUGCUGGGUCCGGAGCUCAGACUUCCAGCUCCAUGAGCUGCAGUCUCAUCUUCUGAGGGGACACUUGAUGGCUGAGGUAUUUACUGUGGCCACCAUGAGAUGUCUGCCAUCGAUCCAUCCUAUCUUCAAGCUUGUCAUUCCUCACCUUCGAUACACCCUGGAAAUUAACGUCCGGGCCAGGUCUGGGCUGGUCUCUGACAUGGGAGUUUUCGACCAGGUGGUGAGCACAGGUGGAGGAGGCCAUGUGGAGCUGCUCAAGCGAGCUGGAGCCUCCCUUACCUAUGGUUCAUUUUGUCCCCCUGAAGACUUGGCUGACCGGGGGCUCCUGGGAGUCAAGUCAUGCUACUAUGGCCAGGAUGCACUGCGUCUCUGGGAGAUCACCUAUCGGUAUGUGGAGGGGAUUGUGAAUCUGCACUAUAAGACGGACUCAGCUGUGAAAGACGACCUCGAGCUGCAGGCCUGGUGUCGGGAGAUCACUGAAAUUGGGCUGCAAGGGGCGCAGGAUCGAGGAUUUCCCAACUCCUUGCAGUCGCGGGAGCAGGCUUGCCACUUUGUCACUAUGUGCAUCUUUACCUGCACUGGCCAGCACUCCUCCAUCCACCUGGGUCAGCUGGAUUGGUUCACUUGGGUCCCUAACACGCCUUGUACAAUGCGGCUGCCCCCACCAACCACCAAGGAUGCAACGCUGAAGACAGUCAUGGCCACGCUGCCCAACGUUCACCAGGCCUCUCUCCAGAUGUCUAUCACUUGGCAACUGGGCAGACGCCAGCCCUACAUGGUGGCUCUGGGCCAGCACAAGGAGGAGUAUUUCUCAGAUCCUGAGCCCAAAGCUGUGCUGACCAAGUUCAGGGAGGAGCUGGCUAUCCUGGAUAAGGAAAUUGAGAGCCGGAAUGAGAAACUGGAAAUGCCCUAUGAAUACCUGCGGCCCAGCCUGGUGGAAAACAGUGUGGCCAUCUGA